AUGGUCUCUCUCCCUGCGUCUCUCCCCCUUUAUUUUCUCAACCUCGCUGAUUUGUUGGGCAAUAACCAGAGUACCUACCAUCCUCUUUGGUGGAAACCAACGGACGACCUACUUCUCAUUCCCUGUUAUCCUAACCAUCUACUUAGAUACGACUAUCUUUUUAAGCUCCUUCUUAUCGGAGAUUCCGGUGUCGGAAAAUCUUGCUUGCUACUUCGGUUUGCAGACGACACCUACACAGAGAGCUAUAUAUCCACUAUUGGUGUUGAUUUCAAAAUCCGGACAAUCGAACUUGAUGGCAAGACAGUGAAACUUCAGAUUUGGGACACUGCGGGCCAGGAGCGGUUCCGCACCAUUACGUCGUCUUACUAUCGAGGCGCUCAUGGUAUCUGUGUCGUGUAUGAUGUUACUGACAUGGAUUCCUUCAACAAUGUGAAGCAGUGGCUCCAGGAGAUCGAUCGCUAUGCCACCGAGGGUGUCAACAAGCUGCUUGUGGGUAACAAGAGUGAUAUGGAGGAUAAAAAGGUCGUGGAGUACACGGUGGCAAAGGAGUUCGCCGAUAGCCUUGGAAUACCAUUCCUGGAGACCUCGGCUAAGAAUGCCUCGAACGUCGAGCAAGCCUUCUUGACAAUGGCAAGGCAGAUUAAGGAGCGUAUGGGUACCGCCACUGUCAACAACAAGCCGACUGUGCAGGUUGGCCAGGGCCAGGGUGUUCAGUCUGGGUCUGCAGGUGGUUGCUGCUAA